UGUAGCCAAAGUAGCUCGCUGAACCAAUCCACCGCAGUGCCUGGGACAGAUUGACUGAAAGAGAGAGUGAGAGAUUUAGAGGAUGGGUAAGGGGGCUUAAGGGAAAACACACAGAACAGAGAGAGCGAGAGAGGAAGAAGAAGGAGAAAAAGAGGAGGACCAAAAUCCACCAAGCCUCCCUGGUGUGAGGUUUCUUGGCUACUGACGUGUGCGCACGACUCUCGUGGCAGGAUGAGUUCGUGCAGCAGCCGUGCGUUGACCAUCCUGUCCACAGUGUUCGGGGCCUGCGGGCUGCUGCUGGUGGGUGUGGCCGUGUCCACAGACUACUGGCUGAUUAUGGUGGAGGGCAUCAUCCUGCAGCAGAACCAGAGCAUGGAGGUGAAGAUGGCGCUGCAUUCAGGCCUCUGGAGAGUUUGCUUCGUGGCUGGAGCAGAAAACGGGAGAUGUGUUGCAUCGGAGUACUUCACUGAACCCGAGAUCGAGAUCACCACUGAGAACACGGCAAAUAUCCUCAAGAUGGUGCGGACAGCCACCCCCUUCCCCAUGGUUUCGCUGCUCUUCGUCUUCACCGCCUUCGUCAUCAGUAACAUCGGACACAUCCGGCCUCAGCGCACCAUCCUGGCCUUUGUGUCCGGCAUCUUCUUCAUCCUCUCAGGCCUCAGUCUGGUGGUGGGCCUGGUGCUCUACAUCUCCAGUAUUAAUGACGAGGUGAUGAACCGACCCAGGGAGCCCGAGCAGUUCUUCAACUACCACUACGGCUGGUCGUUCGCCUUCGCUGCCUCUUCCUUCUUACUCAAAGAGGGGGCCGGGGUGAUGUCAGUCUAUCUGUUUAUGAAGCGCUACGCUGAGGAGGAGAUGUACCGCCCCCAUCCUGCGCUGUACCGCCCCCGCCUGUCCGAGAGCAGCGACUACAGCGGACAGUUCCUCCACCCAGAAUCCUCCUGGCCCCAGCCGAAACGAGGCCGCAGCACCUCUGAAGCCUCCAGCGACAUCUCCAUCCAGCUCAACCAGGCACCGCCGGCGCCGCCCAAAAGCAGCCUCCAAGGGCAGGGGAGUCCACCCUCUGGGUCCUCCUCCGCAGGGAGCUAUCAGAUGCCCCCGCAGUCUGCUGGCUACCCCUCCACGCACACUCUCACCAGGUCGCACUCCUCACACCCUCAAGGCCAGGCUCUUCCCAUGGCCAUGCCUCCAUCACCCGUGCCUCCUCCUCACUAUCACACGCACAUGCACAUGAGUGCCUCCCCCUGUUAGGAAGAGGGAGCAUCAGGGAGGGAAGGAGAGACACUGACUCCUCAUAAUCACGUACACUGUACAUUUAGAUGAGAGUGAAUGCAGAGCUCGGAGCACAGAUCAUGUGAGAUGAAGAGGGGGGAGAGGCAAUCAUAAAAUAAAAUGUAGCUUUGGAACAAUAUGAACCAAGGACAAAGGAAAUAUUUAACAGGAUUGUGGAGGAUUUGACAGAGAAUGGGGAGAAAAAUGAAGACAGGAGAUGAGUGGAAAAGCAUAAGAGGAAUUCAGUUUGUCACAAUGGAAAGAGGCAAAAUAGUGUUUCCUAGAAAGACUUUAGAGGUUAGCUGAGUGACAGAGGAGAUAUGGGGAGGGAGAGUGAGGCAGGGAGAGCGGGGGGCUGCGGUAUAAUACGACGAUACUGCAGUGCUGCAGGAAAUUUGUAUGCACUCGGAAAUGUACAAUGCAAAACACUGAUCACAAAGACUGAGGAUGCA